AUCGAGGCACUCGGGGCCCCCAGGAUAGCCACGCUGCUGGUGGCCCCGCAGGCGGCGCCGAUAGUGGCGUUGCGGUUCGGGGCCUUCCUCGCGCCCUGCGAGGCCGCCGGGCAAAGCCAGCAGGGCCGCUUCCACGCUGGGGGCGCGUCGAGUGACUACGGCUUCAACCAGCGCCACAGCGCCAGGGGCGAGUUCAACCAGACCAGCUUCUCCCACGAGAGCCUCCUCCGCGCCUCUUUCGAGGUGCCGGGGCUGGGCCCGCUGGAGGCUCGCGCCAGGUCGGGCGACCCGCUCGACCCGCCGUUCUGGCCGACGGCCGUGCAGCUCGGUCUCUGCAGGUUUCUCACGCUGGAGCUUUCCGGAGUCCCAAACACAUGCGGGCCUUGCCAGCUGCGCCUUGGCGGGCCUGCGCACGACCGCCGCUUGCGCCACCGCGCCGUGGCGGAGAUCAGGGCCCGCGGGAGCUGGACCAGCGACUACGCGAUGAAGGUGCACGACGCGCACUCCUGGGUGCAGCAGGGGCAGGCGCCCCGCUCAGCCGACAUCAGCCGCCGCGCCGAGGCGGCGCCCAGCAAGCUGCACGCCGAGCUCGAGCGGCUGGCGCCGCCGCGCACCUCCUUCAGAGGCGUGGCCGCCCGUGCACGGGCCAAGCCGCUCCUCGAGCUGAUAUGCGGCUCCGCCAACCUGGCCAAGGCUGUCUAUGCCGCAGGCUGGGCUGCAGAGAGCUGGGACUACGCCGAUGGUUCGGGAGCCGGUCUGCUGGAUGAUGGGCUCAUCGAGCUCCUGGUCGGGAGGAUCUCUCGAAAUGAUGUCGUGGGGCUUCGCGUCGGCCUGGGUUGUAAGACGUGGUCUAGGGCUCGAAAGAAUAACGGCCUGGGUCCGCCGCCGCUGAGAGACGAUGUUCGCGCGCAUGGUCUUGAGCACCUGGCGGCGGCGGACGCUGAGAAGGUUUCGGUUGCCAAUUGCUUGUUGGCCAAUGUUCUGCGUUUGCUAGUUGCCGCCAUUGAAGCAGAAGCCCCCUUCUCGCUCGAGAAUCCUCGGUCUUCUCGCCUGUGGCUCGCCCCCGAGCUGUUGAAUCUGGCCCACACGGCGAAGGCCGAAUGGGUUCAG